AUGUCCGCUGACCCUUACACCUUUACCAGUGAUUCUCUCCCUGCCGACCACCGUUUUCUCCCUCCUCUGGCCAACGGGCUAUUGGGAUGGAGGGUGUACAACAGCACCAUGCACAUGGGUGGUGUGUACAACGGGAUACAGGGGGAAUGCCACCGCGCAGAUGUUCCCUGCCCUCUAGCUGUGACAGUUAAAACAGAGGAAGCUGGGAAAGACUCCUACAGCCUGGACGCUUAUACAGGUGUUUUCACACACACACUGACUUCACCUAGCGCAACGGUCUCCCAAACCUUCUUCUCGCACCGCCACCAUUCCAACCUGAUGGUCAUGGAGAUUCUGUUGGUGCGCCAUGUGACCCCAGAGGUUGCGGUGACAGUCAAAUUGGCCAGUUCCUUCACCCCUUAUAGUAAAGAUAUCGAUUUUCAGGCCGCUCCUGACUACAGAGGUGGGAGCCACAUUCAAGGUCGCACACACAAUCCAGAGUUCCCAGAAGGUCCCCGUCCCACAGUGCACCUCAUCUGGACUCCCAUUCCUUCCACCCUGACACUGCAACCAGGGCAAAGCCAGGACCACUGGAGUUUCAUUCUGGCCGUGGCUGGCUCUUUUGACAUGGCUAAGUCCAGUUUUGAUGAGGGCCUCAAUCUGAUGGCAACUGGUUUCCUCCGCCGCUCUCACGAGAAGGCGUGGGAAGAGGUGUGGCUGUGGAGCAAGGUGGAGGUCACAGGGUCCGAGCACCUCUUGAAAGCUGUUAUCGGCUGCAUGUUCUACAUCCUCAGUGCCUUCCCCUCCCGACAUGACACAAACAGCUUUUUUGGCGGCAUCAGUCCAGGUGGACUGUCGAAUGGCUCGGACGCUCAAGAUUAUUGGGGCCACGUCUUCUGGGACCAGGAGAUCUGGAUAAAUCCCACUGUGGCUUUAUUUUACCCUCAACUGGCACGUGCAGUACUGGAGUACAGGGUGCGCACUAUCGAUGGAGCAAAAUACAAUGCUCAAAAGCAGGGAUACGAGGGGCUAAAGUUUGGAUGGCAGAGUGCAGUGUCAGGGAGGGAGAUGUGCCCCGUAGAUGUUUAUGGACAAGAUGAGAUUCACAUCAAUGGCGAUGUCGCCCUGGCCUUUCGGAAUUACUACUACCUCACUGAGGAUGUGUCAAUGUUCACUGACGGACAGGGCAGUCAGCUAAUAUGGGGCGUGGCCGAUUACUGGCUUUCAAGGGUGACCUGGUGCCCCGACGACCAGAAGUAUCAUCUUUUGGGUGUCAUGCCACCAGAUGAAUAUUAUGACAAUGUCAACAACUCUGUCUACACAAACACAGUGGCCAAAUUAAGUUUGCAGUUUGCUGUGGAACUAGCUGAUCUUCUCGAACAUCCUGAGCCAAAGGAAUGGCAAGAUGUUGCAGAUAACUUCCAAAUACCUUUUGACCAAGAAUCACUAUACCAUCCUGAGUUUGAAGGGUACUCCAAAGGUUAUCCAGUGAAGCAGGCCGACGCCGUGAUGCUGAGCUAUCCUCUUGGUCUCUCCAUGCUGCCCGAGAUCAGAAGAAAUGAUCUUGAAGCUUAUGAAAUAGCCACUGAUCCUCAUGGCCCAGCCAUGACUUGGAGCAUGUUUGCGAUUGGUUGGCUGGAGCUCGGCAAGGCAGAAAAAGCUCAACGUUUACUUGAGAAGUGCUUCAAAAAUAUUCAAGGACCUUUCCAGGUGUGGAGUGAGUCAUCAGACGGGUCAGGCGCUGUCAACUUUCUUACGGGUAUGGGAGGAUUCUUGCAAGCAGUGGUGUUUGGUUACAGCGGCUUCAGAGUUCAGAAAGAAUGCCUGGCAUUUUCCCCGCUCCUUCCCAAUGACUUGAGUGAGGUUUGCAUCCAUGGUGUCAGCUACUUAGGCCAUCAACUGGACUGGCUGUUUCAGAAAGAUGAGGUGUGCGUCACACUGAGGGAGCAGAAAAAUGGCGCUGCAAGUGCUAAGGUGUGUGAUCUGCAGGUGAUCCUCAAGGCAUCAGGGACCAAACUCCCUUUGACUCCAGGAACACCAGUAAAAUUUCCUCGAGAACCUGGCUGUGUAUGCAAGCUUGAACUAUCGUCUUUCUGCUGGCCUUUCUGA